GAAUCAAAUAUAUAUGUAAAAAGUAUAUUUAUAACUUAUAUAGUCACCUGUCAGAUCAUGUUGAAAAUUUUCAGUUUAUAUUACGCAGUAUUUUAAAUGUAAAGUACAGGUGUACAAUGUAUGAGCUCUGAUAACAGGUGUACCAAUGUAUAAGCUCUGAUAACAGGUGUACAAUGUAUAAGCUCUGAUAACAGGAUUAUGAAUACAAAAGUUCACUUUGAGCCACAGGAGCAGGGCCAACUUCCUGUGGCUAUGGAUGCGGCCAGUUAUCCUACCGGAAUACAAGAGGUGGGCGACCUUGUUGACCAUAGCGGUCUUUAUACUGGCCCUGAGGACUUCGGACAAGCUGCCCGACCCCAAGACUUAGGACAAGCUAACAUGAUGGAGGAGGCUGAACAUCUUUUUGAAGACUUUGGAGAACUGAAUCGAAAGUUUAUUGCUCUGAGGAAAUAUAAGGAAGAAAUAGAAAACCAACUCGUUUAUGAACAAAAGAAGACAGCGGCCCUCACCUGGGAAAACGUAGAGCUUAAACAGAAGCUAGGAAAAAGUGAGGGCGAACGGAAUUUAUAUGAUGAUCUCCUAAAGCGCAACACUUUCUUAAAAUCGGAGAUAGAUGAACUGAAGAAGAUCAAUGGUAAAAGCCGCUGUGAAAUAGGUCUUCAAGAGGAGCGAAUCAAAGAGCUGGAAUGUGCUGGCAGACAGGGGACUUACCGUGCGGAGGAAGAGCACAAACUAGCUUUGGGGUUUAAAAAGCAGAGCCAAGGUUACAAAGAACAGCUUGACGCUUGUUCUGCGUUGUACGAUUUGCAACAGCAGAAGCUAAACGGCAUGGCAAAACAAAUUGAGAAGCUGACUCGAGAGGGCCAUUUGCUACGCCCACCUGCACGUGUACUGCCUGAGGACCCAUCAGUGCAAGAAAAUCGCCGUUUCAGGAUCGAGCAGGUGAAUGACCACCUGCGCUGUACAAGGUGUCAUAACUCUCCAGGUGAGGAGGACGACACCUGUUACUUCCACCCGAUAACCCGCUGUCCCUAUCCAGUAUGGAAAUACUGGUUUCCUCAGGAAGUCGGAUUGGGUACGGAGUUUUUCUUCUGGCCAUGCUGUCAGAAAUUUGGUAUCAAAGAACCUACUGGAUGUCAGACCAUGGAUGAACACCAGAUUUAAUCAACUGUGUUUUUGAAAAUCAGGACAGAGCUCCUUUCAUGUUAAUUGCUCAAAAAACGUAAAAUUAUGAAAGCAAUAAUACUUCCUUCAUGUUCAGACUUCACAAGAUGGUUGCCGCAUAGUCAUGUUCUAUUUUGUUGCUCAAUGUGGUUUUUUUCUCAAGAAGUUCAAAUUUCAUAAGAAAGUUCGUCUUGGUAGUUAGUUUACUUGUUUCUUUUUUUACAUUGAAUGAAGAAAAAGAUGGUCACCAGGCCGCCAUCUGAAGUUUUGACAGUUUAAGGAUCCCUGUACCACUGCCAAAAAUUGUAAAUAUGCAGAUGAAACUCUGACAAUGCUCGGUGCAAAGAUCCAUCUGAUAUAUUUAUUUAUGUAAAUGUGACAAUGGCAAUGAUGUCCUGCUGAAUUAAUGUGAAUACUCACGACAAUAUCACUAACGAAACGCUACUUGUUAGAGACCUAGAUGAUCAUUGGAUGGAUUAAAAAAUCAGAAAGACAUUAAAUCAUGUGAAAAUAAUUAAAUGAGUUAAAAGAACCAACAGUCUUACUGACUACUGAUAUUUAAAUAUAAAAGAUAACAUAAUAAAGUAAUAUAUUAGUGAUUAUUGCUGUUAGCUCAACAAUUUAAGGUCAAGGUCAAUUGGCUAAAUUUAAUUAUGCUAUGGUUAAUAUUAUUCUCCAUAACUUUGGAAUAUUAUUGUAGUGAUUGACACCAGGGGCCUAUUCGUUUAUGCGGUACGUCCGCUUUGUCAAGGCUCGCCUGAAAGCAGCAUCAGAUUACUAGGUCCGACCUUAUUUGAUAGACGAACAACUGUUGUCCAACCGGUUCAACCAUUUAAACGAAAACGGCCCAGGUGUCGCUUAAUGCAAGGUUAUCACUUACGUCACAAAGACAUAUUGGCAAAUAUAGGGUAACGAAAUCUUGAAGCAGUAUUGUAGGGAUGUCCAAAAGUAUCCACAAGCGGGUUACAUUCUACAUUCCUUUCAAGUGUAACAUUUGGUUGUAAAAAUUGACAUCAUAAAGUCUUGGCUUUGUUGAGCACCAAGAUUCCUCUGGAAUCCUUUGCUAUGUCAAGUAAGUUUUGAUUAAAAACCAAUUCAUUACAUAUUAAUCACAUCUUCAUCAGAGUGAUAGCCGUAAUGAUGUUUAAUUGAUCGCAUUAUAUCAUUGUAAACGUAUACUUGGUAAAAUGUAAUAACGUUGUUUUUAUAAAUAUGUUUGUUACUGUUUCCUUGACAAUCGGACUUAAAGUAAAUGUCUAGGUGACUCAAUCAUUCACCCAUUUCCACAGAACUCUGCAAUUCUGUCAAUACUGAAUAAUGAUUACUAAUAAGCCCUGUACGUCUAAAAAUAGACAGGGGUGCAAGGGAAGCACAACCUCAUUUCACAUUCUACUAGAUUAAAAAAGAAUCUCGCAAAUUCGGAAAAUUCCCCAUGAGUACCCGCUACCUCUGUAUUUAAUGAUUAACAUUGCUAAAGAAUUGAUGAAAAAUACUUUAGUUUACCUGUUACAUAGAAAGAAAAUGUUUUUCAGUGCCCACUGAUACAGAAUACAUGCAAGCGAUCACUUUCCGGUUGUACAGAGUGAACAUACAGGUAAUGAUUGUAAUAUGUUUUGUCAUUGUCAUUAUUGUAUAGCACUGCAGUGGUAAUAUAAAUGAUCUAGGGAAAGUAAGUAACCCUGGGAGUUGCUUUCUGCAGUAUUAGCCUGGCCUUCGGUCAAGGCCUUUUUUAAAAAAAAAUCACAAUACGAAAACGCUUGAAAGUCUCAAUCUCUCAGAACGGUAGCUGUAAUGAUCACGAAAACAACAUCAUCUCACAGAACGAUGACUGUUAUGAUUUAGUAAACUACGUAAUCUCAAAUAACAGUACGUAAGAUCACGUUAAGGUUCAACAGGCCCACUAAAAGAUGUAAUAGUCACCCUAAAUUUCAACUUUCUGGUGAGUCAUAUUCAAAGACCCUUAUAAAAAAAGAAGAUAUCUAUAUGUUAUUUAUAUAUAUUGAACUUGUACAUUAGCUAUUAAAAAGAUACAUAACCAGGUUAAAGUAAUCAAUAAUAAAGCAUUAAAGCUGAUGUCUUCAUAAAAAUAGCUCACCCGACUUAUAACAUGUCAGUCUAUUUAGCGACCUAACUGACAUAUCAAGCGUCCUUUCUUAACAGUUAAUAUUGGUGUAAAACAGCUAGACGUGUUACAAAAUUAUCGUACUUUUUAAGUUUAAACGUUUAUAACAUGUCUAGCGCAUUAAUAACAUCACAAAAUGUUAUCAAAUGGCACAUCAUCUAGAGUUCAUUUAUCGAUUAAGGCUACUUAGCCAUUAUUUUCUUAUUUAUGAUCUGCUAACUAUAUUACUCAUAUAUAUAUUUCUAUUAACAGCUGGUAGAAGAGCUCCGCAUGACCUAGGUAUAUAAAUAAACUUCAAAUUGUAUCAUUUCUUGGCAGUCAGUUGGGUCUCAAAAGAGAUUGACAUCCUAUAAGGGUCUCAAAAGAGAUUGACAUCCUAUAAGUCGGGUGACCUAUUUUUUUAAGAUGCCUUAAAGCUUUAUUUUCGACUACGUUCACCUGGUUAUCUGAUUUUGAAUAGCCAAUGCACAAGUUUAAUAUAUUGAAAUUGCAUCUUUAAGUUCCAAUGUUAACCGAGGUCUUUGAAUAUGACUUAUCAGAGGGUUGAUAUUUAGGGUGACUACAACAUCUAUAAGGGGCUUGUUGAACCUUAACUACAUACUCCCACAGAAUAGCAAUAACUGUAAUCACGUUAAAUACAUAAUCACACACUACGGUAACUGUUUUAUGAUCACGUUAACUGAAUAAUCACACAGAACGGUAACUUUUAUGCUCAUGUAAAACUACACAAUCGGUAAAGCUUCACUUGUGUUGAUUCUCUAAAAUCUUUCUAGAAUUCUUCAAUUUAAUCAACAUACCAAUUUUUGUUAUUUCAAUAUUUUGUUAAAAGAGUCAUAGAACAUGCAUACAUUGUUUGGGAGAGUAGAACAGCUAAAUAUGUCAUUUAUAAUCUGAUCGUUUGAAAAAUGUUUUGGCAAACUUUUAAACCUGAACUUUAUUUUAAAGGAGGCAGUAUUAGAAACUGGAAAAUGCAAAAAAAAAAAAAAAAGUGGUAUAUGUCUGUGUGCUUAUUUUUUCUUGUAUUUGUCAAUCAUAUAAUUUUUACAAAAUACGAAUUUUUGUGGUGAGGGAUAUUAUAUAUAUCACAAACAAAUCCAUUCAAUUUCUUCUACGUGUGUUAUCAUAAAUCUAUGAGUGUUUAUACUUUUUUGGAGAAAGAAGUAUUUUUUCUUAAAUAUAUAAAUGACAUUUCUGUACAUUGCAUGUAUAUUUCGUUCACAGGAAAGCAAUUUAGUUACCCCUUCGCAUUAUUGUUUUCAAGAGGCAUAGGGUGAUAAAAUGUUGUCAGUAGCAUACUGGAAUGAAAUAAUUUAAAGUUUGUUCAAAUGAAUUACCUUGACCCACUUUCAAGGUCAAAGGGGUCAAAUGUGUUAAAACUUUAAACUACUUCUUCUGAAGAACCAAAAGGCCUAGGGUGCUGAUAAAUGGUCAGUAUUAGUUUGGGAUGUAGGGCUAUAAGUUUGUUUAAAUGAAUGAGCUAUCAAAUGUGUCCAAUUUUGAUGGUCACAGUGGUCAAAUUUGUUAAAACUUUAAAUUAUGUAUAAAUUUGUUAAAACCUUAAAUUAUGUUUGAUUAAAAAAGAGGCUGGCUUAAUGUCACGACCUGUAGGUGAAUUGUGUAAAUUGAUAUGAUGUGUUGGAUCUGAAAAAAGGCCUAGAUCAGCCAACUUUUUAGGUCAGAUAAGUAAAAUUAGUAAAACAUUCCACAUAAUAAAUGAUUGUUAGCAUAUUGACCUUAAAUAUUACCUUAAAUACUUGAAAAUCCAAGAUGUGAAAUAAAUCAUAGGUGAGUGAUACAGGCCCAUUGAUGUCCAUAUUUAAAAAGAGACUUUCAUCACUCUUUUCAUUUAACGACGUAUCCUGUUUGUUUUUUGCCUAUAGGCAAACGUAUUUAUCCAUGUAUUCUAACAAAAAUACAGUUUUUUAUACAUUUUGUGACUAAUAAAAUAUUUGAUGUGUUAA